ACGCAGCAGUUAACGAACAAAGAUUCAUCAAUGGCGGUAGAACAGAGAUUCUUCAAGAACACGAAUAUGAAUUUCAAUCCAUCAAAAAAGCCGCAAAAAUUAGGAAAAAGAGUGAAGAGAAAAGACGCAGCAAAAGAGUGAAGAGAUUCAUCAAGAACACGAACUGUCACAUUUGACAAUGGCGGCCGCAAAAUUGAGAUUGAGAAGAAGAAUGCUACGAACAAUGGCAGCAGGCGCAACAACUUCAGGAAGGAGGAGUGAAGAGAAGAGACGAGAACUUGAGGGGGAGGCGCAGCAGCAGUAGUGUACUAGGGUUUGAGAGGAGAGGGUGAUGAAUGAAGGUGGAAUGGAAUGGGAAAGUGUAGGGGGGUGGGGAAUCAGGGUAUAAUAGUUUGGGGUAAACCCAAAACUAAAAUGGGGGAAAGGGAAUGAUAGAAUGGGGCAAACAAAGAACAACAAAGGGAAUGGGGUAUUUCCAUUCCCUUUCCCUUUGAUCAUUAACCCCAACCAAACACCCCCUUAGAGAAUUAAAUCAUGUAGUUUUCACGGGUUACCAGUAGUGGUGAAGCCACAUGGUCAACAGGGGUCCUAGCCCCACAACCUACUUUCAUAGUGUAUUUUACGACCUAUUAUUUAAGUUUUAUUUUAUUGUUUUGCUUCAUAUUUUUCCAAAUAUUGCUAAAAUUGCUUUAUAUCUAAGGAGAUUAUAUAUUGUUGAUAUUGUUUUAUAUUUUUCAGCUCCUUAAUUUUCAUUUUCUCUUUUCUACCCGGUUCGUCUUAUAUGAGACUAUUUCAAUAUCAGAUGGAUCCAUAUGAUAAGUCUAUUUUUAUAAUUGGUCAUUUAAAAAUUAUAAGUGAUUACUUUAACACACUAAAUUUAUAUGAGUCAACUCAAUAAAAAUGAUCUCACCAUGACACAGUCUCAUUUAAAAUUUUUGAUAUAGUAAACAUUUUCAAUAAGGCCAUCAUUUAAAAAAAUUGGGAAAUUAUCAAUGGUGCCCUUGUAGUUUUGUAAAAUUACAUUGGUACCCAACUGCAUUUCAGUGGUACCCCCCAAUUAUAUGGUAAUUAAAACCGUGACAUUAAUGAUGUUUUUUCCGUUAACUGUCAUUAAAUACCAACCAUGGUUUGUCUGUGAUUCAUUUGCUUACCUCUUCGUUUUCCCUCCUAACCCGUACUUGCUUCACUCUGUGUUCAUCAUCAUCUCCCUCCGUUGAUCACGCCAUUGUUGAAGCUGCAUUUUUCUCAUUCCUACUUUCGUUGACGUUUAUUGUAAAUGGAUGAUAGUGUGGUGUUGAAAUUUUUGUACAAGGGUACAGAGACAGAAGUUUUUGUUGAUGAUGUCGACCUAGUUAACAUGCUAGACAUGAUUAUUGAUUAUUGGGAUAAGGCUGAGAGGGAGGAACAUUUGACCCCUGAACAUCCCAGUUUUAGUUAUGUAUACAAAAAGAAGCAUGUUGAACUAGUUGAUGAUAAAGCAUUGCUGGAGAUGUUCAGUAGAAAUAUGGGCAAGGACAGUAUUUGCAUCCAUGUAGGGGAUUCUAAACCUAAUGCCCUGUUAGAUAAUGCUAGGAGGCUUAGGGAAACCUUAAAGGAGAAUGCACAGAAGAAAGAGGUGAGAUCCAAUGAAAUCCCUGCACAACUUGUUGAUGAAGAUGAUGAUGAUGUUGUUUUGAUAAUUCCAACCCCAAGUCAACCUUUUGAGGAGCCGCCUGUGGUGAGUGUUGAGGAUGAUGUGGACCCCAUUCCAACUCCUGUUAUACCUGAGAAAAAACCUGUUGAUGAUGUGCCCUAUGAGGAGGAACCUGUACUUGAAAAGGAACAUGUUGUUGAAGAUGAUAUGGAUCUUGAUAGUGAUUUUGAUAUAGAAGUGUACCUCAUUCCAACCCCACUACAGAUUGUGAAGCCCAAGGGCUUGAAACCACCAAAGACUGAGUUUAGGCCCAAGUUGCCUGUUUUGAGAAGGAGUAGAAGACAUGCUGAGAUAAACCCACCAUCCCCUGGCAACAUCAAUGAUGUUAUCAUUGAAAAUGCCGAGUUACUGAAUGAGAUAAACCAAGGUGAUGAAUUUACUCAUGAAGCGAAUGAUGAUGUUGAUGUGGAGGGUUCUACAGCACAGACAACACAAAAGAAGACAUUAAACAAAUCUCCAAACAAAACCCCAAAGACCAGUGCUAAGAAGACCUUAAGCAAAUCCCCAAAGAAAAAAAUCCCAAAGACCACUAUGAGAAGAAAGGGAAUUAAGAAGACAGUUAUUAGAAAGUAUGUAAGAUUGAUGCAACAGAACAAGGAGGCUGCUGCUACAUCUAGAACAAAAUCAUUGGUCAGUGAGAGUGAUGAUGAAUCUUUGGUUGAUAGUUCUGAGAGUGAUACUGUGUCUUUGGUUCAUAGUGAUAAAGAGGCUGAGGUAGAGGAUGUUGAUGCAGAUAAUUUUGAUCCAUUUGAAGGACCAAUUUGGGAUGAUGACUUUGAUAAUUAUUUGACUAAGUUGUAUAAGAAUGGGGAGUUGUACAAGGACAAAGGUUUUGGGAAUAUUGUCAUUAAGGAGUGGCAAUUGUUUACAGAUAAGCAACAUUUGAGGGAUGUUAUUAGGGAUUAUUGCAUACAAUCUGGUUUUUCAGUGAUUGUUGAUAAAGCAGAUAGAGUUAGAUACACAAUUAGUUGUAGUGAAGCAAAAUGUGAGUGGCGGUUGCAUGCUUCUAGGCUGCUUGAUGGUGUCACAUGGGCUAUCAAGAAAAUUCAAAAUGCUGAACACACAUGCUUGGGGUUAGAGACCAAAAACCCUAUGGUAAUAGUGAAGUGGGCAUGCCAUGCCUUACUUGAGGACAUAAGGGCUAAUAAUGAUAUACCAGGUAAGGCCUUGAAUGAGCUCUUGUGGUCCAGAUAUGGUGUUGAGAUGCCACAACCAAGCUUGUAUAGGGUGAGGAACUUGGCCUUGAGUAUCAUUCAUGGUGGCCAUGAUACAUCAUACAGCGCAUUGCCAUCUUACUGUGAUGUUAUCAAAUCAACAAACGAGGGUUCAUUUGCAAAUUGUGCUUGGUAUCCCCCUACACAUCCUGAUAGACCAUUAGUGUUUAUGAGCAUUUUUGUAUCAUUCAAGGCAUCUUUGGAGGGCCUUUUUUCUAGUUGUAGAAGUGUUAUUGGAGUGGAUGGGGCUCAUUUAAAGGGUAAUUAUAGUGGGGUUUUGUUAUCUGCAAUUGCCCUUGAUGGCAACAAUGAAAUGUUUCCAGUGGCAUGGGGUAUUGUCUCAUGUGAGGAUGAAGAGAGUUGGAAGUUUUUCAUUUGGCAUCUUAAGCAUGUACUGGAACCAAGUAAAAGAGGCGACAAUUGGUGCAUAAUAUCUGACAGACAGAAGGGAAUUGAGAAGGCUCUAACUGAUUUGUGGCCUAAGGUGCAAAGAAGGUAUUGUUGCAGACACCUUAGUGCCAACUGGAAGAAGUCUUUUCAUGGGCCUAAGUUAUGGCAAUUGUAUUGGCUAGCAUGUGGGGCCUUCUCACCCUUCACAUUUGCAAAGGCCAUGACUGAGAUUGAAAAAAACAACCCUGCUGCAAGGAUAUGGCUUGCUAAUUUGGGUCCACAGGAGAGAUGGACAAAACAUAGAUUUGACCCUGAAUUGAAGUGUGAUGUUAACACAACAAAUUUUGUGGAAAGCUUUAAUGCCACUCUAGGAACUGACAGGUGCAAGCCAGUGUUAAGUUUGUUAGAGGGAAUUAGGAGAGUAACAAUGGUUAGGUUAGCAACAAGGAGGCAAAAGUGCGAAGAAUGGGAGAGGCUGUGUCCAAAUAUUGCUAAGAGAGUUCAAGUAUUGUGCAAUGAGAGUAGCUCUUGCAGGGCUUUCAUGUCUAGUCCAGGUGAGUAUGAGGUGGUGGAGGGCAAAUCAACUGUGGCUAUCAGUUUAAACCAACGCACAUGCCAUUGCAAUGUCUGGCAACUCACUGGGAUACCAUGUAGGCAUGCAAUGAGAGCGAUACUUCAUGAAGGUCUUGAUCCACAAUCCUUGGUUGAUGAUUGGUAUUCAGUAGAGAAAUAUAAGUUGACCUAUCAUCACAGCAUUGAACCUAUCCCUGAUCAGGGUAAGUGGCCAGCAACUGAACACCCUGCAAUACUACCUCCUGUGCUGAAAAGAGGUGUUGGUAGGCCUUGUAGGAAUCGAAAGAGAGGUGAUGAUGAAGAGAGGAAGGCAAAGAGGAGCAAGACAAUUAAAUGUGGGAAGUGUGGGGAUUUUGGUCACAACAAGUCCAGCUGCAAGGGAGGGGCAACAAAAAAACAGAAGGCAGCAGCAACAAAGACUAAUGAUUCUUCAAGUUUGAAGUGCAAGGGAAAGAGCAAAGCAAAAUGAUUAGUAUUUGUGUAAUGUAAUUACUUAACUUCUGACUUCUUAUGGAUGAACAACUACAUUAAUCCUAUUUUGUAUACCUAAUUGAUGAAUAGUUGAUUAAUCCU